ACCUCACCAUCAACACUUAUUUUCGAGUUCCCUUCCUGGGGAUGCCGAUCAAAGGCCCCCCAAUGAAACACCGCCGCCGCUACUGAGUCCAUUGCAAGAACGAGAACAACAGGCCGAUAAUACCAUGAUAUCCUACAGAAAUCCCGAUGCCCUCUUCAGUGGUGGCGGUAUCAGCUUUCUCACUGGAAGCCAUACCACAAAAUUUAGCUAUGGAUAUUCCAGUUUCAAGGGUAAAAGAGCUUCGAUGGAGGAUUUCUAUGAGACAAGGAUAUCAGAAGUUGAUGGUCAGAUGGUUGCCUUCUUUGGUGUUUUUGAUGGUCAUGGAGGCUCCAGAACUGCAGAAUACCUAAAGAACAACCUUUUCAAGAACUUGAUUAACCACCCCAAUUUCAUUACUAAUACAAAGGCAGCAAUUGAUGAAGUAUUUAGGCAGACCGAUGCCGAUUAUCUCAACUUUGAAAAUGGCCAGCAGAGGAAUGCUGGGUCAACUGCAUCAACUGCUUUGUUGGUGGGGGAUCGGCUACUUGUUGCAAAUGUUGGUGAUUCUAGAGUGGUUGCGUGUAGGGCUGGAUCAGCUGUUCCAUUAUCAAUUGAUCACAAACCUGAUAGAUUGGAUGAACGCCAAAGGAUUGAAGAGGCAGGAGGUUUCGUCAUUUGGGCAGGAACAUGGCGAGUUGGUGGUGUUCUUGCUGUUUCUCGUGCGUUUGGGGACAAACUACUUAAGCCCUAUGUAGUUGCUGAGCCAGAAAUUCAGGAAGCAGAUAUUGGUGAUGUAGAUUUUAUUAUUAUUGCAAGUGAUGGACUUUGGAACGUCUUAUCUAAUGAGGAUGCUGUGGCUGCAGUGCAAGACAUGAGAGACGCAGAAGCAGCAUCAAGAACACUCGUGCGAGAAGCUUUUACACGAGGAAGCUCUGACAAUAUUACUUGCAUCGUCGUCAGAUUUGAAAACUCUUGAGCAUUAUAAUGCCCCAAGGCUGUUACUGGUAGGUGCUGGUGAUCAUAUUUGUUUUGUGUUUUAUAUUUGAAUGUUAGAUUAGUCAUAUUUGUUUUAUGUUUCUUAUUUGAAUGUCAUUGUUAGAUGCGCAGCCAACGUUGGAUACGGU